AUGGCUCUGCAUACUGCAAAAUCCUCAAAACACACACACACACACACACAUCUUUAGUUAAUUUCUUCUGCUUCACCAUCACCGAUUUCCCUUCAGCUUCAUAUGACUUCUUCUUCUUCUUGGCCAGUGAUGGCCUUUGCAAUUGCUUCUGCUGUUUGUGUGUUCUUCAGCUGCUUCGUUGCUGUAUUAUCACAAGAUCAAAACCUUACCACCGAUCCUUCGGAAGCGAGAAGUGUGAAUAGAAUAUUCGAGAAAUGGGGGAUAUCGGCAUUAGCAAAUGUGUGGAAUAUCAGCGGUGAGCCAUGCAGUGGAAGAGCCGUCGAUAGCACCACCACCAUUGGCUCCUUAAAUCCAUUCAUCAAAUGCGACUGCUCUGGUGGCACCACCUGCCACAUUACUGCACUGAGGGUUUACGCAUUGGAUGUUGUUGGGGAAAUCCCAGAAGAGCUAUGGACUCUAACUCGCCUCACCGACUUGGACAUUCGGCAGAAUUACUUGACAGGUUCUCUACCUCCAGCCAUAGGAAAUCUAACUAGUAUGCAGUACAUGUCCCUUGGCAUCAAUUCUUUAUCAGGGGAGAUUCCGAAGGAACUGGGAAAUCUUACCGAGUUAAUAGUAUUGAGUCUUGCAUCAAACAGCUUCUCAGGUUCCAUUCCGUCCGAGCUAGGGAAUCUGGUGAAAUUGAAAGAACUCUACUUAAUUAGUUCGGGACUUGGUGGUCAGAUUCCUCCUACAUUUGCUAAUCUUAAAAACCUGCUGACAUUCUGGGCUUCAGAUAUGGAACUCACUGGCAGGAUACCUGACUUCAUAGGAAGUUGGUCUAAGCUCAAAGGCUUGAGGCUUCAGGGUAAUUCCUUUGAAGGACCAAUACCAUCAUCAUUGGGAAAUCUGACUUUUCUUACAGAGUUGAGAAUAAGUGAAAUAUCUAAUGGGACCUCCUCACUAGCAUUUAUAAGGAAUCUGAAGUCUUUGAAUAUCUUAGUAUUGAGAAAUAACAAUAUUUCUGAUUCAAUUCCAUCAGACAUUGGUGAAUUUCAGAAUUUGACACAGCUGGAUUUGAGCUUCAACUAUAUCACGGGACAGAUUCCAGGAUCACUUUUCAAUCUGCGUUCACUAGCUUACUUAUUUCUUGGAAACAACAAACUCAAUGGCACUAUCCCUCCACAGAUAAGCCUGUCUCUUCUCAAUAUAGAUUUGUCCUACAACAGUCUGUCAGGAGGCCUCCCUUUUUGGGUGAACCAACCAAAUUUACAAGUUAAUUUGGUUGCAAACAACUUGACAAUAAAUUACUCAGACAGCAGUGGCCUUCCUUCUGGACUUGAAUGUUUGCAACAUAAUUUUCCCUGUUUUCGAGGUCCUGGAAGAUAUUAUGACUUUGCUAUCAAGUGUGCUGGUCCUCAAAUUACAACAUCAGAUGGAACUAAAUUUGAAAGUGAGAAGGAGACACUUGGUGCUGCUACUUAUUUUGUUACUGAUACAAGAAGAUGGGCAGUUAGCAAUGUUGGGUUAUUUACUGGUUCACACAAUCCUCUAUAUAACAGAUCUGUGCUUAGUCAGUUCACUAAUACCUUGGACCCAGAGCUCUUCCAGACUGCUAGGAUCUCUCCUUCUUCAUUAAGAUAUUAUGGCCUGGGCCUCGAAAAUGGGGAUUACAAUAUCUCCCUCUAUUUUACAGAAAUGUCUAUUUUAGAUACUACUACAUGGAAAAGUUUAGGAAGACGAUUUUUCGAUAUUUAUAUCCAGGGGAAUCUUGUUUGGAAGGAUUUUAACAUAAAAAGGGAAGCUGGGGGAGCCUCUUUUAGAGCUGUCCAAAAGGAUUUUCGUGCUCAUGUGUCAGAAAACUAUCUCGAGAUCCAUCUCUUUUGGGCUGGAAAAGGGACAUGCUGUAUACCAGACCAAGGUACUUAUGGCCCUAUGAUUUCAGCUAUCAGAGCUAGCCCAGAUUUCAUUCCCACGGUUAGCAAUAGACCUCCAACCAAUAAAAAGGACAGAACUGGUUUGAUUGUGGGAAUUGUUGUUGGUAUUGGAGUAGUAAGCUUUCUGUCUUUUCUUGGGGUUUUCUGUAUCAUUCAAAGAAGAAAGCAUCAUGAAGAUGGCAAUGAAGAGCUAUUAGGUAUUGAUAUGAAGCCAUACAUGUUCAACUAUUCUGAGUUAAAGAAUGCUACAGAUGACUUCAAUCCUAGCAACAAGUUAGGCGAGGGAGGUUUUGGUCCUGUUUAUAAGGGAACACUUAAUGAUGGAAGAUUAACUGCUGUGAAACAAUUAUCUGUAGGAUCUCAUCAAGGAAAAAGCCAGUUCAUAGCUGAGAUUGCUACUAUAUCUACUGUGCAACAUCGUAAUCUUGUUAAAUUAUAUGGAUGUUGCAUUGAAGGAAAUAAAAGGCUUCUUGUUUAUGAGUAUCUAGAAAAUAAGAGUCUUGAUCAAGCAUUAUUUGAAAAUUGUUUAACUCUCAACUGGCCCACACGCUAUGAUAUCUGCAUGGGCAUAGCAAGAGGUUUAGCUUAUCUUCAUGAAGAGUCUCGGCUUCGCAUUGUGCAUCGAGAUGUAAAGGCUAGUAAUAUCUUGCUUGAUCGCGAGCUUGUCCCUAAAAUAUCUGAUUUUGGUUUGGCCAAAUUAUACGAUGAUAAAAAGACGCAUAUAAGCACUCGUGUAGCUGGGACAAUUGGAUAUCUUGCUCCGGAGUAUGCCAUGCGUGGGCACCUUACAGAGAAAGCAGAUGUGUUUUCUUUUGGUGUUUUGGCCCUUGAGAUAGUUAGUGGAAGGCUGAAUUCUAAUUCAAACUUGGAAGGGGAGAAGAUCUAUCUACUAGAAUGGGCUUGGCAGCUGCAUGAAAAUAACUGUAUAGUUGAACUGGUAGAUCCUAAACUAUCAUCAGAUUUCAAUGAGGAAGAAGUUAAAAGAGUUGUAGGGAUAUCUCUUCUGUGCACUCAAACUUCACCACUGGCAAGGCCAGCAAUGUCUCGAGUAGUGGCAAUGCUUUCUGGAGAUAUGAAAGUGAGCACUGUAAGUUCAAGGCCUGGUUACUUGGUGGACUGGAAAUUUGAUGAUGAGUAUAGCUUCAUGACUGGCUUGGCCACAAAGGGAUCAGAGACGGGUCAGUAUAACUCAUCCACAACUACGACCAUUGUCACUGCUUCAACUGCAAACCAAUCACCUGUAGACGCUUCUAAACCCAUGCUACGUCACAUUCUUAGUGAAGGUAGAUAAGAAUUAUGGCAUUUCCUGAUGGCCCAUGUGGAUGGUAUAUGCAAGGGAAUGACAUUAUGUUUUCUGAUAUUUUGAUUUCAAAAUCUGUGUCCUUUUAUUUUUAUUUUAAAAUUUAACACAAUUGAACACAUGAAAAUAUACAAACAUGUCAAUGUUGGCUUGAACUUGAGUCCUCGUCCAAGCAUGGUAGGUGGGCAGUGGUGUUGACAUUAUGAUAACUGGCGGUUAGAUAUGUGUUGUUUGUAUCAGAACCUCUAUAUUAUUAUUUAUAAUUACUUA